UCUUCGAACUCCAACACAACGCCCUUAUAUGUGCUUUAGGAGUCCCUGUGCAUACGUCCAGAGAAAAGUUCACCACCAGCAUCGUACCAUGGCAAACCCUGAUCAGUAUAAAGGUCACGCGUCUGCUGCCCGUGACUCUAGGGUCUUCCUUUCCGGACUUAAAGGAUGCACUCCAGCGAAGACGGCAGGUUGUCCCUCUUCGACGGUACCCGCUCCAUCGUCAUCCGAAUCCAGGGCCGGCAGCAUACCCGCAAAAUCUCCAGGGUUCAACAGUCCGCGUCGGCCUGCAGAAUCCAACUUCCCGCGUCCCAUCAGAUCGACAGAGACGAAACCACAAUCAGAACUAGAGCAGCGGUUUGAAAUGAUGCGUAACCCGCAACCGCAGGUCAGAGCAGCGCUGAAGUCGCCGACUGAACUACUUCGAGAUCGCCUGGACCUCUCACCUAAGAAACGGGCCUAUGAGAGAGUCCGAGUCUUCAUACCUCCGCGUUCGAUGCCAGGUGAAUGUAUUCUUCCAGCUCCUAAUAGGCUGAUAGCAGCAUUUGCACGAGGAGAUGUCUGUGCACGCACUGAAAGAGGAAGACCGUCGUGGUGGUGUGCUCUAGAUCAGGUCGUUGUUUUUGACGGAAUGGAAGCAAUCGAAAGCAAAGAUGCCACAGUUUUUCGAACACGGAGUAGCAAAGGUUUGAGGGUAGCAAAACGAAAGAGUGACCUGGAAAGAAUCAACAUUCCGCUAGAGUGCACACACUGCUGGGAGAUACUGGGUCGUAAGAAAUGGAUAUAUGAUGUCCGAGUAUGUAAGCGGGCGGUAUGUUGGGAUUGCAGGGAACGAUGUCGGUGGAUAAUGGAACAAGAGAUGACAAAAUGCGAAGAUCAAGAUGAAGUGAGGAGGGUCAGACCGGACAGUGUUCUCCAAGAACAAAUGGAAGACUAAGAUCUGAAGAGAAAGAUUGGGAUAGGGGUACGGUUAAAGAGUCCAAUCGAGACACUCGGAGGCAUACAAGAGCGCCUGGAGGAAACAAAACAGGCAGGAAGAGACUGAUAGACAACAUACUGGCGCUUCUGAAGAUGUAGAGUGUAGCUACCUUUUCGUCCAUACCUAGACAAUGU